ACUUCUCACUCCCCAGUGGAAAUGCACUCUAGAGGUAAGUGCAUAUCUAGUUCCUUAAAUUAAAUAACUGUAUUAAUAUAUAACAUUGUUAGAUUACUUAGACAGUGAAUACAUUGGUCAGCUGUCAAUCAACCUGAGUCUCAGUGAUAGUUCAUUGGUCAACUCUCAUUGCAGUGAUACUGUUCCGGGAGGUUUUGGGGCGGAGUUUGUGUCGUUCGAUGGAGCGAUUGGUGGAGGUGGAGCAGGAGUAUCCUGGAGAGGUGGAAUAUAUUUUUAGCCCUGCCUGCGUGCCCCUGUGGCGAUGCGCUGGUUGCUGUGGAGACGAGAACCUGGAGUGCCACCCCACCCUCUCACGUAACGUCACCAUGCAGGUGGAGGUCACUUUGUGUCAGGAGGCCACAGAUUUCCUUGCACUACCCCCUUCCAACCUUAAAGAGAUACACUACCGUUCAAAAGUUUGGGGUCACUUAGAAAUGUCAUUGUUUUUGAAAGAAAAGCAAUUUUUUUGGUCCAUUAAAAUAACAUCAAAUUGAUCAAAUACAGUGUAGAUAUUGUUAAUGUUGUAAAUGACCAUUGUAGAUGGAAAUGGCUGAUUUUUAAUGGAAUAUCUACAUAGACGUAUAGAGACCCAUUUAUCAGCAACCAUCAGUUCUGUGUUCCAAUGGCACGUUGUGUUUGCUAAUCCAAGUUUAUCAUUUUAAAAGGCUAAUUGAUCAUUAGAAAACCCUUUUGCAAUUAUGUUAGCACAGCUGAAAACUGUUGUGCUGAUUAAAGAAGCAAUAAAACUGGCCUUCUUGAGACUAGUUGAGUAUCUGGAGCAUCAGCAAUUGUGGGUUCGAUUACAGGCUCAAAAUGGCCAGAAACAAGGAACUUUCUUCUGAAACUCGUCAGUCUAUUCUUGUUCUGAGAAAUGAAGGCUAUUCCAUGUGAGAAAUUGCCAAGAAACUGAAGAUCUCGUACAACGCUGUGUACUACUCCCUUUACAGAACAGUGUCUAGUUUGAGAAACAGGCACCUAACAGGUCCUCAACUGGCAGCUUCAUUAAAUAGUACCCGCAAAACACCAGUCUCAAUGUCAACAGUGAAGAGGUGACUCAGGGAUGCUGACCUUCUAGGCAGAGUUGCAAAGAAAAAGCCAUACCUCAGACUGCCCAUCUUAAUCUUUCCUUUAUAUUGCCCAGUCUGAGAUAUGGCUUUCUCUUUGUAACUCUGCCUAGAAGGUCAGCAUCCCUGAGUCACCUCUUCACUGUUGACAAUGAGACUGGUGUUUUGCGGGUACUAUUUAAUGAAGCUGCCAGUUGAGGACCUGUGAGGUGUCUGUUUCUCAAACUAGACACUAAUGUAUUUGUCCUCUUGCUCAGUUGUGCACCGGGGCCUCCCACUCCUCUUUCUAUUCUGGUUAGAGCCAGUUUGCACUGUUCGGUGAAGGGAGUAGUACACAGCGCUGUGCGAGCUCUUCAGUUUCUUGGCAAUUUCUCACAUGGAAUAGCCUUCAUUUCUCAGAACAAGAAUAGACUGACGAGUUUCAGAAGAAAGUUCCUUGUUUCUGGCCAUUUUGAGCCUGUAAUUGAACCCACAAUUGCUGAUGCUCCAGAUACUCAACUAGUCUCAAGAAGGCCAGAUUUAUUGCUUCUUUAAUCAGCACAACAGUUUUCAGCUGUGCUAACAUAAUUGCAAAAGGGUUUUCUAAUGAUCAAUUAGCCUUUUAAAAUGAUCAACUUUAGCAAACACAAAGUACCAUUGGAACACAGGACUGAUGGUUGCUGAUAAUGGGCCUAUGUAGAUAUUCCAUAAAAAAAUCUGCGGUUGUCACGAUCGUUCAUCGACGGGUCAGACCAAGGCGCAGCGUGAUAUGCGUACAUGUUUAUUUUUCAGAAUAAACACAAUGACAAAACAACAAACGAAACGUGAAGUCCAAGGUACACAAAACAAACAUACCUAACACGGAACAAGAUCCCACAACCCACUAGUGCCAAUAGGCUACCUAAGUAUGGUCCCCAAUCAGAGACAACGAGCGACAGCUGCCUCUGAUUGGGAACCACACCGGCCAACAUAGAUCUAGACGAUCUAGAUCUAAACCUAGAAAUACACCACAUAGAACAUACACACCCUGACUCAACAUAUACGAGUCCCCAGAGUCAGGGCGUGACAGUACCCCCCCCCCCCCCCCCCCCCCAAAGGUGCGGACUCUGACCGCACAACAUAAACAUAGCAGGGUAGGGGCCCGGUGGGCAUUCCGCCUCGGAGGCGGAUCCGGCUCAGGGCGUGACGACCACUUACUCUCCGCCUCCCUGUUGUGCCCCUGGUCUGGUCUGGACCUCGGCGCGCUGCUUCCCCUCUCCUUCCUCCCACGAAGUACCAAGCCCUGUCUGGACCCUGGUGUGGGAGACCCCGAACCUGGAGAGGGGCUGACGUCUGGGUCUGGACUGGAGCCGCUGACUGGAGCUGGACCCGACGACGGUGGAGCGAACUGCUCUGGCUCCGGAGUGGAGCCGCUGACCGGAGCUGGACUGGACCCCGGUGGAGCGGAUUGCUCUGGCUCCGGAGUGGAGCAGCUGACCGGAGCUGAACUGGGAACCGGUGGAGCGGACUACUCUGGCUCCGGAGUGGAUCCGCUGACCGGAGCUGGACUGGACCCCGGUGGAGCGGAUUGCUCUGGCUCCGGAGUGGAGCAGCUAACCGGAGCUGAACUGGGCACCGGUGGAACAGGCACGGGCCGUGCCGUGCCGGACUGGACACACCUACUACUGGCUUGGUGCGAGGGGCAGGAACAGGCCGGGCCGGGCUGGCGACGCGCACCACUGGCUUGGUGCGAGGGGCCAGGCCGGGCUGGCGACGUGCACCAAGCCAGUGGUGCGAGGGGUAGGAACAGGCCGGGUCGGGCUGGCGACGUGCACCACUGGCUUGGUGCGAGGGGCAGGAACAGGCCGGGCCGGGCUGGCGACGCGCACCACUGGCUUGGUGCGAGGGGCAGGAACAGGCCGGGCAGGGCUGGCGACGCGCACCACUGUCUUGGUGCGAGGGGCAGGAACAGGCCGGGCCGGGCUGGCGACGCGCACCACUGGCUUGGUGCGAGGGGCAGGAACAGGCUGGGCUGGUGACGCGCAUCACUGGCUUGGUGCGAGGGGCAGGAACAGGCCGGGCCGGGCUGGUGACGCGCACCACUGGCUUGGUGCGAGGGGCAGGAACAGGCCGGGCCGGGCUGGCGACGCGCACCACUGGCUUGGUGCGAGGGGCAGGAACAGGCCGGGCCGGGCUGGCGACGCGCACCACUGGCUUGGUGCGAGGGGCAGGAACAGGCCGGGCUGGUGACGCGCACCACUGGCUUGGUGCGAGGGGCAGGAACAGGCCGGGCCGGGCUGGCGACGCGCACCACUGGCUUGGUGCGAGGGGCAGGAACAGGCCGGGCCGGGCUGGCGACGCGCACCACUGGCUUGGUGCGAGGGGCAGGAACAGGCCGGGCCGGGCUGGCGACGCGCACCACUGGCUUGGUGCGAGGGGCAGGAACAGGCCAGGCCGGGCUGGCGACGCGCACCACUGGCUUGGUGCGAGGGACAGGAACAGGCCGGACCGUGCUGGCGACGCGCACCACUGGCUUGGUGCGAGGGACAGGAACAGGCCAGACCGGGCUGGCGACGCGCACCACUGGCUUGGUGCGAGGGGCAGGAACGGGUCGGGCCGUACUGGGAACACGCACCACUGGCUUAGUGCGGGAAGCAGGAACAGGCCGGACCGGGCUGGCGACGCGCACCACUGGCUUGGUGCGAGGGACAGGAACGGGUCGGGCCGUACUGGGAACACGCACCACUGGCUUAGUGCGGGAAGCAGUAACGGGCCGGACCGGACUGGCGACAUGCACCACUUGCUUGGUGCGAGGAGCGGGACUGGUUUCCUUUAUUAACCCCCGCUCCUUCUGCUGCCUAACCAGCUCCUCUCGCCGUGCCUCUACACUCUCCUUCUCCCUUAUAGCCUCCUGUAGCGCCUCCCUCUGACCGAAUAACUCCUGCUCCCUCUGAACCAAUAGCCCCCGUAACAUGGUGGCCUCCUCUCCUAACCUGCAGACCCGCCUUUUAACGGCCUCCUGCUGCCUUGUCGUCCACACCGUGUGCCCCCCCAAAAAAUGUUCUUGGGGUUGCCUCUCGGGUCUCCGUCGUCUGCACUCCUCCUCCCGUGAGAACUCCUCUGGGAGCCCCCACGAGUUUUCUUUCGAAAACAAGGACAUUUCUAAGUGACCCCAAACUUUUGAACGGUAAUGUAUGUUCCGGUAAAACAUCCAAUGCCAGUCUACAUCUUUGAGUGCAUGGACACCUCAAUGCAUGUGUUUUGUGUUUUCCUAUGUGUGUUUGUGUGUCAGUUGAUGAGGAUAACUCCGACUGAGAGGACAGGGCAGUAUGUGGAGCUGACGUUUGUGGAGCAUCAGACCUGUGAGUGCAGGUAAUAAUAAAGCCUAAUAUCAUCUGACAUGUAAUCAUCUAAGUUUAAGUUUGAAUCUAAGUCAUUCAAAAUAUAAACAGCCCUUUCACCUAGGCACAUUCUCUUUAAAAACUGGGUUGUAUUCACUGGGAAUGAGACGGAAGCAAUCAGGCCGAAACGGGAAGGGACUACCCUGACCGUAUCGAAUAAGAAAAGGUUGUUUUCAUUUUCCGUUCCCAAACGUUUUGCUGUGGUGUGCACUAAUGAAUAUGAAUGACCCUGAUGAGACUCAUAACACCUGUCCUCUUGUUUUUAGACUCCGGAAGAUGCAUUUGAAUGAGAGGUGA